CAAUGUCCGUUUUGACAUGAGGACCCCAGAACUGGACCAGUCCCCAGUGAUAUACACCGAGCUAAUAUCACCUUCCUACUCCUGCUUGUUCUUCCCAUCCCUCCACCUACUAAAGGACGCUUCCAGAGCUGUGACUGUGGGUGUGAGCUACAUUGGCACAGCUGGCUUGGGAGGCUACAGGACUGGAGUAGCAGGGGAUGCUGCAGAGUCUGCUACACAGGAACAGAUCCUCUACUGAGCAUACAGGUCCCUGGUGUCAUCCUGAGUGACUGCCAGCAGCAUCAUGAAGGCUCUUCUCCUCAUCCUGCUGGCUGAAGUCUGUCUUGCUUCCCUUGUCCCAGAGAAGGAGAAGAAUCCACAGUACUGGAGGAAUCAGGCUCAGCAGACACUGAAAAUUGCCCUGAAGCUGCAGCAGCUCAACACCAAUGUGGCCAAGAACAUCGUCUUAUUUCUUGGUGAUGGCAUGGGAGUCUCCACAGUCACAGCAGCUCGUAUCCUCAAGGGACAGCUGCAGAACAUGAAGGGGGAAGAAUCCCUGCUGGAAAUGGACAAAUUUCCUUAUGUGGCUCUGUCCAAGACCUACAACACCAACGCCCAGGUGCCAGACAGUGCAGGCACCGCCACCGCUUAUCUCUGCGGGGUGAAGGCCAACGAGGGGACGGUGGGUGUGAGCGCAGCCGUGACCCGCGCUCAGUGCAAUACCACAGCGGGCAAUGAGGUCACAUCGAUUCUCAAGUGGGCGAAGGAAGCAGGCAAGUCUGUGGGCAUCGUAACCACCACACGGGUAAACCACGCCACUCCCAGUGCUGCCUAUGCCCACUCUGCUAACAGGGACUGGUAUUCUGAUAACGAGAUGCCCCCGGAAGCCAUCCAGCAGGGCUGCAAAGAUAUCGCCCAACAGCUCUUUGACAACAUUCCAGACAUCGAGGUGAUCAUGGGAGGUGGCCGGAAAUACAUGUUCCCAAAGAACACCAGUGAUGUGGAAUACCAGAAUGAUGACAAGUACAGGGGCACUCGUCUGGAUGGCAAAAACCUCAUCGAUGUCUGGAGAGAUAAGAAACCUAAAGACAAGAAUUCCCAGUACGUCUGGAAUCGCAGUGACCUGUUGUCCCUUAACCUGAUGGAAGUGGACUUCCUCUUAGGCCUCUUCGAGCCAAUAGAUAUGAUGUAUGAGCUAGACAGGAAUGUCCAGACAGACCCUUCCCUGACGGAGAUGGUGCAGGUGGCCAUCAAAAUCCUCCAGAGAAAUCCCCGAGGAUUCUUCCUGCUGGUGGAAGGGGGCAGGAUCGACCAUGGUCACCAUGAGGGGAAAGCCAAGCAAGCACUGUAUGAGGCAGUGGAGAUGGACAGAGCCAUAGGCGAGGCUGGUGGCAUGACCUCACUGGAAGACACACUGACCGUAGUCACUGCCGACCACUCCCACGUCUUCACCUUUGGUGGAUACACACCCCGCGGCAAUCCCAUUUUCGGUCUAGCGCCAAUGCACAGUGAUGUGGAUAAAAUGCCCUUCACCUCCAUCCUGUAUGGAAAUGGCCCCGGGUACAAAAUCGUAGCCGGAGAGAGGGAGAAUGUGUCCGCCGUGGAUUAUGCUCAUGCCAACUACCAGGCCCAGUCAGCUGUGCCCCUGCGCCAGGAGACCCACGGGGGUGAGGACGUGGCGAUAUUUGCCAAGGGCCCCAUGGCCCACCUCCUGCAUGGAGUCCACGAGCAGAACUACAUUCCACACGUCAUGGCCUAUGCCGCCUGCAUUGGCCAGAACACAGACCACUGCAGCUCCGGAGCCCACCACAGCACAGUGGGGCCUCUGCCCUUCCUCUCCACCCUUACCUCCAUCCUCCUCCUCAAAUUCUUGUUUUAAGGUCUCGCCCUCAAUCAGCUCACUUCCUUCAGUCACAGACCAGGGCUCUCCAGCUGUCUCAAAUAGAGAUCUUGACCCCAUUCAAAGACAGAUCUUGAAACCUGUCUCGCCGUAUGAUACAGGGUCUUCAGGUUUUAACCAUGUUGGACAUAAUACCAAGGCUUCCUAUGUCUCUGGUCAAUGGACCCACCUUGCUCCUGAACCAGGGCAGCUGGCCUAUGGCCAUGAACCACUGUUCAAGAUCAUUAGGGGUGGGGAACUGAGUGAGCGGUUCAGUUGCUGUUGACGCUGCUGAAUGUCCCUGGUGUGGAUGCCCUGGAUUCCAAGUUGGCUUCAAGAGCUGGAAAUGUUGGGCUGUUUUUAUAGCAAUUGCCUGGACUGGUUCUGUGAACCCAAAGGCAAAGACACACAGGUUCAGGCUGGGACAGACUCUCUUGGACCCAGAUGUUUCAUAUCUAAUAAUGUUUUCUUUUGUUUUAAGCUCCUCUAGCCUCACUCAAGCAGUUUUUUAAAAAAUCAGAUAAACAAAACUCACAUAUUAGGAAAUGUUCUGUUCUCCUCCAAUGGCUGUUGAUUAUGUAAAUAGAGGCUUCCUCCCUGGGAACCAAAACCCGGCUCUAAACUUUGAGAGAAGAGGCUUUUGGAAUCUGAAUCCACAUGUGGAUUUUGGCUUUUUGGUUCAUCUCUGGUUGAUGUUUUCAACCAGAGAAUUAGUCACUUAAGUCAGCAGGAGUUGGGCACCUGGAUCCAGAUCCAUAAAGGUAUUUAGGCUCCUAAGUCCCUCCAAUUUCAAUGGCAGUUAGGAGCCUAAAUACUUUUGUGGUUCUGGGCCUCAGCCCCUUUUGAAAAUCCAGUCCUCUGUCUGACAGCACAGAAGUGAUGCUUCAGAUCCUGCACUAUGGCAUCACUGAUGAGAGACUUUCAGCGGGGCCAAAGGAAUCACUCACAUCCAUAGAAUCAUAGGACUGGAAGGGACCUUGAGAGGUCAUCUAGUCCAGUCCCCUGCACUCAUGGCAGGACUAAGUAUUAUCAGUGAGGUUUUAUGUUUGAAGCCAGGGUGAUACAAUAUAUGGAGCCCUCUUUGAUUCUUCCCUUUAGCCCCCUUGGUGCCAGGCAUAUUAGGCGCUCCCAGCCUAUGCUGGGGUUGCCACGUCUGUCCUAAACCUUGUGCCACAAUUUGUCUGGGCUCUGCUUUGUCCCUCACGUCUGGCUUGUAGGACACUAAAGGUCUCUGGAAACAAUGCUUGUUGGUCACUUCUUGGUGAUGCUGUGAUGUGAAGAUGUGGGGCAAACUGGCAGGUCAGGUUAGGAACCCAGGUUGUCAACCAACCCCUCAUGUCUCCGAAGCUGGGCUGGGCAGGUCUGAGUAAAGGCAUUCCUGUGAGAUUUCCUGCAGCUAGUUAAGCUGUGGACAACAUCCCACCAUCAGCCUUUGCUAACAUAUUGCAGUCCUGGCCUAAGCUCAGCAGUGGGGAGCAGCUGGAGAAUAAUGUUGGCCAAACUUUUCUUGACCAUAUAAAAAGGUUGUUUGCAGUGCUAUGGCCCUGUUGGUUCCAGGAUAUUAGAGAGACAA